AUGCAUGCAAGGAAACCUCAGCGAAUAAGUGAUGGGUACUUUGAGAAGCAUCAGUCCCAUCCAUAUCAGAAAUACAAUUCAAAGAGUGAAAGAAGAGCAGCAAAUGACUAUGUCUCUUCUGAAACCCGAUACACUCCUCUCCGAUCCCCUAAUGGCAAUGUAUCACAUGGCCAUGGUACCCAUUCAAGUCAAUCCAGCCAUGGACACCACCACUACAGUCAUGUGGCAGAUGACAGAGGAUACCCCACAUCCAGAAAUGCCUAUAUACAAAAGGGUUCUGACAAGGAGAGAGACAGAGACUAUAAAACCUCUAGAACUAAGUAUACAGAUAGUGUCAGAUCACCAAAAGAACGAAGCAAAGAUAGUGAAAGAGAAAGGAGUAAUCAUGAGCGAAAUGAACUUGAUAAGAAAAGUAGGCCUAGUGGCAUGAACAUUAGUGUUAGUAGGGGUAGUAAAUAUGACAAGAGAAGUGCGCCCUCAGCGAGCGUUUCCUCGGGUCGUGAAUGGUCAGAACAUAUUAGUUCAUCUGGGAAGAAGUAUUAUUAUAACUGUAUCAGUGAAGUGUCACAGUGGGAAAAACCCAGAGAAUGGGAUUCCAGAAGAACGUCAUCCAAAGAUUCAACUUAUUCAUCCAGAAGCAGUCGAGACAAAAGAUCAAGUUCAAGAUCAGGGAGAAGAGAAGCAGAUAAAUCUAGUAAAAGAACUAAUAGUGCAUCGGAACGAUACUGGAAUAGCAGUGGCAGAGACGAGGAAGUCCACGACAGAACUAGACCAAAACAUUCAGGGCCUCUACACGACGGCAAAGAUGGACAAUCACUACAAGACAUGGACAUCUCGCCUGACAGGAGUACGCCAUUGUCUGAGAAUUCAUAUGGAGCCAGAGAAACAAAUUCGACGGUUCGGAAUAAUUCAGACAAUAAUGCAGUUCCGCCUGUCGUCGUUUUGGACAACUCGAAUCAGCCGAGUGGAUCGCUGCUAGCAGCAGCAUUGCCGCGUAUCGUGGCAGUGCCGCCGCAGGUGACAGUAUCGGCCAACAAUGGUGCAGCGUCGCCGGUGUGUGAAUCUGGUAGUCGGUCUGGCACGCCACAGCGUGACGCAGGACCUCCCACACCUACCCACUCGGAGAGUAUCGACCCUCAUGCUCCGCCUCUACAUUUAGAUACAGCUUUACCUAGGAAAAUGGAAUGCCUAGGAAGUUAUUCUUCCGUAGUAGGCGGUAAUCUACAUCACGCACCGCCUAUGCUGACACCCUCCCUUGUUAACUACGUGCGCUCGGACCUCACUUCCCACGUUAACGGUUGGCCCGCAGAUAUUUUAGAAAAUAAGGCUAACAAGUUCACGGAAGAAGCAUAUCAAUUGGGGUGUCUGCAGUGCACGCGGGUGUCAGCUGAGUUAAAGUGCUCGCGAUCACUUGUUCGGCACACGGAAAUACGGGCUACGUUACAGGAACAAAAAAUAAUGUACCUGGGUCAACAGAUUUCGCGACUAGAGGAGCUAAAGUCGCAGAAUUCGUUCAUGUCGGAGGACUAG